AUGGCUGACACACAUAUGCAUGCAUCCGAUCAGAUAUACAGUCUGGUGGCCGACGGAAGCGAAAUGACAAUUGGAGAACUAGAGUGGUUUAUUCACACAGUAUUCAUCGACACAACUACCGAUCAGCUUGCACAGAUAACACAAGGCCUCUCAAAAACAGUAACAAGAGCAGAAUUCAGCACUGCUCUUUGGUCGCUUGCUCACAGAAGACCAACAACAACCUAUGUCUUCAACAUGUGGAACAAAUCAAACAAACAGCAACUGGAUGCAGAAGACAUGCACAAUGUAUUCAAAAGCAUCGGAAUCUCAUGCAAGCCAGAAUACAUACAGGCAAUCAUGAAUGCAUUUCCAGAAUCAGGCAUAAACCUUUACACGUUCAGUCAAAUGCUCACCCAGGAGUCACAAACCACCGAAUAA